AAGCAAAAACAAAGCCGAGCGAGUCGGACGUGCGACAAUCGGUGCGCGGGAUUUUAAGUUUAAUUGUUAAAUAAUUAAAUGCUAUUUGAUAACACAUUGCCCCGUCAUGUCGAAACUCCCGCGCCUCAGUAAUUCUUCGUUAGUGUUACAAAAAGAAUUGCUUUGAUUUGCACAACAUUCGUAUGUGUGAGUGUUAGCGGUAACUGCACUUCUUCCAGUUCGGUUGUUUUUUGUCUACACGAAGUGUCUCUAUGUGCGUCCAAUUGAAUUAAAUAACGAAUUUGCGAAGCAUCUUUGACAGGAGCAGCAUUGAAAUCGAAAUGGAAAAAUAACUGUUAAACGAGGGCGGCAACAGCGACAGCAACUUUUUGUAACUGUUGUUUAGCAAAAUAGAAAAAGGAAGAGAAAAGAUAUGAGUGCUUAAAGUGUGAGCUGAAAUUGCCAAAAGUGUGUAUUUAAAUUUUAAGUGAAUAAUUUAGUGCAACGUACUCACACACACGCAUGUUAGUUUAUCGUCUGUCUGUGUUUUCGUGUGAUUGUGUGUGUGGUGUCUACAACAAGAAUAACAAACCCAACAAUAACAACAACAACUGUGCAAGGAUCAACGACAACGCCGCCGUCGCUGUCGUCGUCAGGGUAGUUUGUUUGAACAAAGCCAAAGCCUAACAUCCAUACACAGAGGAACCCAGAGACUGUGGGCUGAGGGCAAGAGGCGAGAGCUCUCUUCUCUUUUGUGCGCUUUUGCCGCCUGGAAUGCGCUGCAGCCCAACAAGAACAACAGGAACAAGAGCAGCAGAAACAACUACAGCGGGCGACCGUGACGAGCACACAUACUCACUCGCACACACACAUAUACACAAAUUCAAACUCACACCGUUACCGGUGGCACGGGGAGGAAACGCUGUUUAAUUGCUUGCAGGAGGCAGCAGCCAUCAAACAAACGAGUGCACUUGGAUUGUGAAUCUGUUCCCGUUCCCAUUCCCAUUCGCGUUUCCAUUCCCAUUCAGAUGUGAAUGCAUUUUGGGCAAAUAGAUUCACGAUUUAACCGAUGACGCCGCUUGAAAGUUUGAAUGCAUUUCAUUUGCUGCCGAAACUCCACAUUGAACUGAAUCGAACGCGAACCGAAUAAAAUGUCGAUUAAACGUAAAAAUAAUAAUAAGCUAAAGAAAAAAGAAAUUUUCAUCGUUUUGCAAUCCAUCGAGAAGUGAAUUUACAAACCCAAAUCAAUUAGAAAAGAACGUGUAAGCAGAUAACGAAAACGAAUACGAAUAUUCGAAUCGAUUGCAUUGAUAUUGAAUUAGUUGGAAGAAGAAUCCCGGAAUCAGACACUUACGGAAAUGGAUCUCAGUCUAGAACGCGACAGCUCUGCGCUGGGCAGUCUGUUUCAACAGAUUAUCAAUGACAUGAAGAACACCUCACCGCUGUGGGAGGACUUUGUGACAAAGGCGAGUAAGCUGCACACAUGUCUGCGCGCUGCCAUUCAGGCAAUUGCCGCCUAUUUGGAUGCCUUCCAGAAGAUUGCCGAUGCGGCCACCAAUUCCAGAGGUGCAUCCAAGGAAAUUGGCACCGCCUUGACCCGCGUCUGUCUGCGCCACAAGGCGGUCGAGACGCGUCUGAAGACCUUCACAAGCGCCAUUAUGGAUUGCCUGGUACAGCCGCUGCAGGACAAGAUCGAGGACUGGAAACGCACCGUGGCGACCAUCGAUAAGGAUCAUGCCAAAGAGUAUAAACGCUGUCGCAGUGAGCUCAAGAAACGCUCCAGCGAUACGCUUCGUCUGCAGAAGAAGGCGCGCAAGGGACAAACGGACAACAGUCUGCAGUCCCUGAUGGAUUCCCAUAUGCAGGAUGUGACACUGCGCCGCGCUGAGCUCGAGGAUGUGGAGAAGAAGUCACUGCGUGCUGCGAUGGUCGAGGAACGAUUGCGCUACUGCAGCUUUGUCCACAUGUUGCAGCCGGUGGUGCAUGAGGAGUGCGAGGUGAUGUCUGAGCUGGGACACUUGCAGGAAGCUAUGCAAUCCAUUGCUCUGGUCACCAAGGAACCCAGCGUAUUGCCGCAGGCUUCGGAGGAGCUCAUACAUGAUGCCAAGGCUAGCAUUAAUCUCUAUCCAGAAUCGCCAGGCGGUGGCUCUGGUUCACAGGGCGGCGGUUGCUCCAAUUCCUUGGGAUCUCGCAAGAGUUCCGUCUGCUCCAUUAGCAGCAUGAACAGCAGCGGUUCCAGCAACUCGCCGGGUCAUCAUCAUUAUCAACGCUCGCUCUCGCAGUUUGUAACGCCUGCAAUUCGCUUGAAACCUGGUGAAUCCAGUGAUAGUGGCUUUUGCUCAUCGCCAGCGCUAACAACACAGACUUCAACGGCUACAAACCAGACGCAUGCUGUUGCCACUUGGCCGCCACAUUCCCAGGAUGCAGUGGACUCAUUGCCACCGACAGCUGAUCGUCCGCAUACGAUUUCCACCACCUAUGAGAAGGGUCAUCAGCGUCCACCGUUGACAGUCUACACGUUCCAGAAUCCAGAGACCAUACACGAGUCGAACAGCAGCGGCAGCCUCAUAGCAGCAACAGUUGCUGUUGCCACUGGCAACUCGUCCGCAUCGGGCCAGAACACGCCGGCAACACAGAAAUCGCCAGCAGCUACUCUGAGUCGUCCUCCAUUGCCAGUUAAGCCAGCACAUGUGCGCUGCUCGUCGCUGGAGCGUCCAUUGUCGGCGCAGAGCAAUCAUCGCCAGAACAGUGGACAGAAUCUGUUGCAACGUCAGUGCCCCUCACCGAUACCGGCUCAUAUCACGAAAGAGCUGUCAGCAGCACAUCAUGCACAGCAGCAGCAGCAACAGCAAUCACAGCAACAGCAGCAAUCACAGCAAACACAACAGCAACAAACCCCGCCCACCUAUGUUAACAUGUCUGAGCUGGCGGCAAUGAAACUAACAAACCAGCAACAGCAACAGCAGCAGCAAUCACAACAACAACAGCAACAACAGCAGCAGCAGCAAUCACAACAUGCAACAACUCCUUUGUUGCAACAACAGAGCAGCAUUGAUUCGAUUUGUUCACAGCACUCGAAUGAUUCGUCAACGGGUUCGUUGCAGCAACAGUUGUUGCAGCAUCAACAGCAAUUGCAGCAAUCGCACAUUAGCAACAAUCAUCAGCAAUCCGCACAUGGCAGUGGCCUCGGCACACGCUCCCAUUCCAUAUCCUCGUCGGUGUCCUCGAACACGGCAUCCUCGUUGCAUUCACAUCCAUCCAUCGAUUCAGCUGUUGCAGCCUCGCUUGUGGGCGUUGCUGGCAACACCAACACCAAUACCAACACCAACACGAGCACCACAACGCCCUCUAGCGGCUGUUCGACGCCACAGAAUCACUAUUCACCAUUGUUAACCAACUCACCCACGUCCACUGCUGCAGGUACUCCAAGUGGCGGCAGCAUUGCCAGCGGUCUCGGCUUUGUCUACCAGGUCAGCUCACCCACGCCCCCCGCCUCCGCCUCUGCCUCUGCCUCCAUCUCUGCCAGCGAUGUGCUCAAGAUCACCGAACCGGGUCCAACAACAGCAGCUGUGGAUGCAACUGAUCCUGUCGAGCCGGAUGAGCGUUCCCGUGCCUCGGUUCUGCAGAAGGCAUCCAUGUUUGAGAAGCAGGCAGCAGCUGCUGCAGCUGCAAUCCCAACAGCAACAGCAACCUCAGCAACAGCAACAGCGGGAGCAACAACUGGAGGAGGCGGGGGCAGCGUUGCACGUCGGUCCGAGGAGUUGAGAGCUGUGGAACAACAAGAAAUGGACAAAUCUUUCGAAGACUCGAUUCAAGCAUUAAACAAUUUAAUUGGCGAAUUAGACUCCUUUCAACGUGAGAUCGAUGAGGGCAAGGGCAAGCAGCAGCAGCAGCAACAGCACAGCAGCAACAACAAUCACAGCGGCAACAGCAACAAUAGCGGCAGCAACCACAACAACAACAACAACAAUAGCGGCUCCAGCAGCAACAAUAGCACUGACAACAACAACAGCAACAGCAACACUGAUCUGCUUAUACCCAGCAGCAACAAUGAUUGCUGUGCCAUCAGCAAUCAAACCAAUUCCAGCGGCUGUGGCACCGAUAUAUCCGACACCACGUCCGAGGAACUGGCCGGAGAGGAGAGCGGCAGCCUGGCAGCGGCCCGGCGACAUCAGCAGCUGGGCGCGAGCGACUCGGAGCUGAGUCGUUGCUAUGUGAGCGAGACAAGUUCGCUGACCGGCGGCAUCUUGGCCGGUGGCUAUGAGAAUCCCACAUUUGCCCACUUUGCGGCGAAUCGUGAGGAUGCCUACAAUGGCGGCGACAAUCGCUCCUUGUACGCCUCGGCUGCCGACAGCAUCUCGUUGACGGCCUCGGAUUGCCAGCGACACGCGUAUGUGGACACGUGCAGUGACAACGGCAGCGGCGUUGUUGUCAUCUAUGAUCAUCAGAUACCCAAUACGCCGGACAUUGAGUUUGUCAAACAGAACUCGGAGAUUGUGCUGCUGCGCACCAAAGAUCCGCAACAAUUGCAGUUGCAUGAGAUGCGUGAGCUGCAACAGUUGCCCGACAAUUUGGCCGGCUCGCCAGAAUCGCCGGAUGCAGCGUCCGGAGGAGGGACACGGACACAGCCGGCGACAGCAACAGUGGCGCCCGCCAAGCAGCGACUCUCCUCGUUUCGGGCAUCCAGCGAGCAGCAACUACAGUUGCUGGGACGCGCCAGUCCGCACAGAGGUACGGAUAAGCUUAGGGUUAGUGAAGAGCAGCAGCAGCAACAGCAGCAGCAGGUGAUAGCGAGUGAUAACAGCAGCAACAGCAAUGUUGCUGCCACAGCGCGACGCAAGUUGCCGCCAAAGCCAGCGAUUGAGGCGAUUGGCAGCAGCAAUAAGCCAGUGAUACCUAGAAAGUUUGACUUUAAGGCCGAUUUAGAUGCCAAAAUACGCAAGCAGAAACAGAAAGUGCAGCAGCAAUUGCAGCAGCAGCAGCAACAACAGCAGCAACAGCAAGAGCAGCAGCAGCAGCAAUCAGCACAACAACAACACUUACCACAAUCGCCCCAAACCAACAACACAACCACAACAACAACAGCAAACUGUAAUGUCACUAAUAAAACUGCCGUUAUUGCAUCCGCAUCCUCAAACCCAAAUCAUAGAAUGCCACAUCAAACAGCAACAACAUACAAUCAUGCGCCAUACAAAAUGCCCACAGCAACAACAUCAUCAUCAACAACAGCAACAUGCUCGUUAACAGCAACAUCACCUGGGGCCAAGUUUGCAUUGCCAUUAUCAUCAUCAUCAUCAUCAUUGUCAUCAGCAUCAUCAUCAUUAUUAUUAUCAACAAGUGCGCUUGCGCCCGCAUCGCUGCCUCCGCCCAAUGUGCCCGCUAAACCAAUGCCAACAACAACCACCACAACAACAACAACACCACAACCACCUCAACCACCCAAUUCAUAUGCGUACUCCAAUCUCAAUGCCAAUCCCCAUGCCAAACCGUGCAUAACGCCCAGGCCGGCAUCUCUGUCGGGAGUAGGAGCAGGAGCAGGAGGAGCCGGAGGAGCAGGCAGCUCAACACGCAUCGCACGUCGUUCAUCCAUUAAUCAGGCCAAGCCACCGCCGCCAGUGAGACGCAGUUCAUCGGUGACACCCAGUCCCAACAAUGUGGCAGGUGUUGGGCAGCAACACAGCAACAGCAGCAGCAACAACUCACAUGCAUACCACCAAUCGCAGCAGCAGCAGCAACAAUCUCAAUCGCUGAGCAGCUCCCACGAGCACUUGCCACCGCCGCCCGCAUUUAUGUUGGAGGCAACAACUGCUUAUUCCACAUCGCCCACACCACCGCCGCCAACAUCGAUGCCCAGCUCGGCGCUUAAGGUGUCGGAGACGGUGCGUGCUCUGGCGGCAAUGCGGCAUCAACCUGCCUCACCUGUUGCACUGCGACGCAUGCAACAGCAGCAGCAACAACAGCAGCUACAACAGCAACAACAGCAGCAGCAGCAGCUACAACAGCAACAACAGUCUUUAUUGCAGCCCAUGCACAAGCCUCCCCUUAGCGAUGAUGCUGAGUACGAAGCUUAUUACAAUUCCUAUAUGGAGCUGCAUGCCUAUGCUCAUGCCUUAACCCCAGCAACACUGCAGCAACAUCAACAGCAGCAACAUCCACGCCUUACACAGCAACAUCAUCAUCAUCAUCAUCAUCAGCAGCAGCAACAACAACUACAUGAACAGCUGCCACCAACGCCGCCUCCAUAUCAUGGUCCACCGCAGGUAGAUGCCGCCUCGUUCCGCACUUCAUCGCCUAGCGGCAGCAUCUAUGCGCAACCGAAGGUGAUGAGCAACAUGUCCAGUUUUCGCACCAGCAGCCCCAGUCCAAAUGGACAUGCUCAUCCACUGCCUCCGACACAGCCCAAGACGAAUCCGAAUCUGAUAGCACAGCUUAAUGCACGACUCAACAGCAAGCAGCAGCAGCAACAACAGCAGCAGCAACACCAUCAGCAACAGCAGCACCAGCAGCAGCAGCAACAUAUUGCCGAGGGCAUCUAUGGCAAUGCUGGCGGCGGUGAAUCCAUUUACAUGCGUGGCGGCAAUGGCAUCGGUUUGUCCAUGACACAGCAGCAGCAGCAACAGCAGCAACACUACGACGCAGCUGCGCCAGCAACAGCAGCAAACAUGCGACAACAGCAACACCAUCAACAGCAGCAGCAUUAUACAUGUCCGCCGCCGCUUGAAGAUCCGCCACCGCCGCCCAUUUAUUCAGCAACCAUGCCCAAAAAAUUGGCACGCCCCAGUGUUGGUCACAGCAAUAGCAAUACCAACAGCAACAUGGGCAAUCAUUUGGUCAACGCAUAUGCUGCAGCUUCCAAUAGUUCAACGUUGCCCAAAAACAUAUUACAACAGCAACGUUUACAGCAGCAACAGCUACAACUACAGCAGCAGCAACAAUUGCUGCAGCAACAGCAACAAUAUCAACAGCCAACAGGUAUCGGCGUUGGCAAUGGCAACGCUAAUCAGCGACCACCCAUGCCGCUGCCACAGCAGCAGCAACAUCAACAUCAACAGCAACAUCAACAGCAACAGCAGCAACAACAACGUCAGCCACCCAUACCAUCGCGUCAUUCCAGUGUACAACAAAAGAUAUUCGUUUCAACGAAUCCAUUCAUACAAACGACGGCCGUCAAAUUUCAUUCGCCAUCGUCGUUGCACUCAACGCCAGCUGCUUCUCCCACCUGCGGUUCACCCGCAUCAGCAACUAUGGCCAGCAUUUAUGGCACAACGGCGCGUGGCGGCGCUGCACAGCAAUAUCACCACCAGCAGCAGCACCACCACCAACAGCAGCAACAACAACAGCAACAUUUGCAGCAGCAACAGCAACAACAUUAUUACCGUGAUGUUGCUGGCGGCAACAGCAAUGGCAGCGCUGUUUAUUAUGCCAGUCACAACAACGCCCACGGUCAUGCAAAUGCGAAUGUGAAUGUGAAUUCGAAUGCGAAUGCGAAUGCGCAUACGCCCCAUAUGCCCCAUGUCCAGGCACAUCAUUCAAACUAUGCCACAAGCACCAAUAUCGAAAAGACUGGCAGCAUACGUGCCAAGACCAAGGCUGAAUUUCUCGAGAAUCUCAAUGCGAAGUUGGCCAAGCAGGGCAUGUCUGGACGUGCAUUUGCAGUGCGAAAUCUGAUCAAUAGCAAGGCCCUGCCGGAUCCGCGCAUUUGUCAUGAGUCACUAAUGGAUCAAAUAAAACGUGGCGCGACCCUCAAACGGAAUCAGAAGAUCAACGAUCGCAGUGCGCCCAAAAUACAUUAAUUAUCGAAUAUUAUUUAUUAUUAAUCCAAAUUGAAAUAUGAGGCGGCGUCGCCUGCUCGAUUGCAGGUCGCAGAGUUUGGUUUGAAACUAAGAAACUCGUAUAUAAAAUAUAUAACUAAAACUACAUACGAUAAACCACGUUACACACAUAUGAUAAAAGAAACCAACUAUACGCAUACAGAAUAUAACUAAAUACUAAUUAUAUAUUUACAAAUAUAUAUAAUGAACAAAAACGAAGCAAAUCAAAAAGGGUUCUUGAAAAUUCUCCAGUUGCAAAAGUUAAAAUUCGCAUUUUUUUCUCUGAUUUUGUCGCUAUAAAUAUAACCAUAAAUAUAUAUAUAGAUAUACACAUAUUAUAUAGUUAUUAUCAAAUGUAUUUAAGAAACUACCUUUUUGUUAAGUGAAACGUGAAAAGUGGAAGACAAUUGAAGUUGUGUUGGAUAAAAUUACUUUCAUGGAUUAUUUAUUUAUAAUUUCAACUCGAAUUUACUGUUAGUGAUCCUUAGUUGCUGCGCCCUUAUUUAAUAUUAUUUAUAAUUUCUAUUUGUUUAUGUAAAUAUCUAUGAUUUAAUAUACAAUACAAAACUAAUAUGACGCCUAAUAAAUGAACUUGUCGUAUCUAUCUAUAAA